CCCCGUGAUUAUCAGCGUACACACUCAUCGAAAAAAAAAAUUGGAUUAUUAGAAGAGAGAGGUCUGUGGCUUCCACACCGUGGUUUUUCUUCUCGGUAUAAAAGCAAAGUUGUUUUUGAUAUGUGACAGUUUCCCACAAGCCAGGCUGAUCCUUUUCUGUCAGUCCACUUCACCAAGCCUGCCCUUGGACAAGGACCCAAUGCCCAACCCCAGGCCAGCCAAGCCCUUGGCCCCUUCCUUGGUACUCAGCCCAUCCCCAGGAGCCUCGCCCAGCUGGAGGGCUGCACCCAAGGCCUCAGACCAGCUGGGAGCCAAGGGUCCGGGGACAACCUUCCAGGGCCGGGACCUCCGAGGUGGGGCUCACGCCUCCUCUUCCUCCUUGAACCCCAUGCCACCAUCGCAGCUGCAGCUGCCCACAGUGCCCCUCGUCAUGGUGGCACCCUCUGGAGCACGGCUGGGUCCCUCGCCCCACUUGCAGGCGCUCCUCCAGGACAGGCCACACUUUGUGCACCAGCUCUCAACGGUGGAUGCCCAUGCCCGGACCCCUGUGCUGCAGGUGCGCCCACUGGACAGCCCAGCUAUGAUCAGCCUCCCGCCACCCACUGCUGCUACGGGGGUCUUCUCCCUCAAGGCCCGGCCCGGCCUGCCACCUGGGAUCAACGUGGCCAGCCUGGAAUGGGUGUCCAGGGAGCCAGCACUGCUCUGCACCUUCCCAAGCCCCGGUGUGCCCAGGAAGGACAGCACCCUUUCAACCAUGCCCCAGGGCUCCUACUCACUGCUAGCAAAUGGUGUCUGCAAGUGGCCCGGAUGUGAGAAGGUCUUCGAGGAGCCAGAGGACUUCCUCAAGCACUGCCAGGCAGACCAUCUCCUGGAUGAGAAGGGCAGGGCGCAGUGUCUCCUCCAGAGGGAGGUGGUGCAGUCUCUGGAGCAACAGCUGGUGCUGGAGAAGGAGAAGCUGGGUGCUAUGCAAGCCCACCUGGCUGGGAAGAUGGCCCCAACCAAGGCUCCAUCCACGGCAUCAUCCGACAAGGGCUCCUGCUGUAUCGUAGCCACUGGCACCCCGGGCACCACUGUCCCAGCCUGGCCGGGUCCCCAAGAGGCCCCUGAAGGCCUGUUUGCUGUGCGGAGGCACCUCUGGGGCAGCCAUGCAAACAGCACGAUCCCAGAGUUCUUCCACAACAUGGACUACUUCAAGUUCCACAACAUGCGGCCCCCUUUCACCUAUGCCACCCUCAUCCGCUGGGCCAUCCUGGAGGCUCCCGAGAAGCAGCGGACACUCAACGAGAUCUAUCACUGGUUCACACGCAUGUUCGCCUUCUUCAGAAACCACCCUGCCACCUGGAAGAACGCCAUCCGCCACAACCUGAGCCUGCACAAGUGCUUCGUGCGCGUGGAGAGCGAGAAGGGGGCCGUGUGGACCGUGGAUGAGUUUGAGUUCCGCAAGAAGAGGAGCCAGAGGCCCAGCAGGUGUUCCAACCCCACACCCGGCUCCUGACCUCAAAGCCAAGGAAAGAAGGACAGGGGCCAAAACGGGGGAGUAGAAGUGGCUGGAGGCAGGGGUGACCGGCCCUGGACGUGCCUGCAGGGACCAAGAAGUAAGGUGUGCACCAUCUUGCUGGCCAGGGACCCUGCUCCCCAGCUGACCGCCCUCCUGGA